AUGCUGAGGCGUAAACCUACCAAAAUCGAACUCAAAGCGGAGGACAAAGAAGAGCUCGAAGAGGCCCGCCGCCGCCUCCUCCUUCCUCUCCCACUUCGAUCGCCCCACCCACGAUCCCUCCACGUAAUCCCACGGUAUCGGCCUCUCCUCCUGAAUAAAAUUCGAUCGAUCACGGGUCCCGUCUCGAGGCUAGCCGUGGAGGUCGAGGUGAAGCUCCGCCUCCCCAGCAAAUGCUCCCACCGGAGCCUCCUCUCCCUGCUCUCCCCCUUCCGCGCCGCCACCCACAGCCAACACAACACCUUCUACGACGGCUCCGCCGCUGAACUCAGCUCCCGGCGGGCCAUCCUCCGCCUCCGAUUCCACGAGGGUGCCGAUCCCUCCCAAAAAUGCUUCGCCUGCCUCAAGGCCAAGGCCGUGCUGGCCGGCGGCAUGAGCCGCGUGGAGGAGGACGAGGAGGAGGUGGACCCAGCGGCCGGGAGGGCCUGUUUCGUGGGGUUGGGCGGGUUUAGGAAUGUGUAUGAAUGGGGUGGGGUGAAGUUGGAGGUGGAUGAGGUGAAGUACAAUUUCGGGGAAAUGUAUGAGGUGGAGUGUGAGAGCACGGAGCCCGAGAGGGUCAAGCGGAUGAUUGAGGAUUUCUUCAUCGAGUACUCUGAUUCGGUCAUGUCCAAGUUUGGGAUUUUUCGAGCAGGAAAGUUGCCUUGUUUAGUGCAUUAUGGGAUCCAGAGCAGUACGACAUUCUUCCCUCCACCACAACAUUCGGGUCAUUUAGAUAUCUUCAUGUUGAGCACUUGCACUCUAGUGUUGUUGGAUGUUUUUUUUUUUUAAUUAGGGUCUGAUAGCGUUUUUUGCUUUUCAGUCAACUUGACACAAGUCUUGUCAACUCUAUUGGUUUUUCA